AUGGCGAAACGAAGUUUCGAGGCUGCAAUCGCAGAUCUAGAACGAACGAAUGGUCCUCCAGAGGAGAUUUUGACGAAAGCCGCCGAUAUCCUCGGUCUCAAUCUUCAAGAAUAUCUGGAAACUUGCUGUACCGAGGUGAGGUUUAAGACCACUUCACAGUCUCCUGGUUUUAAAGAGCGUUGGCUCCUUCGCUGGCUCCUGAAGAACCUAAAUACUUCCGAUCCCAAAGGUGGAGCGCCGAAGACGGUAAGGAACAAUGCUCAAAAAUUUGUUUCUCUUCCACAGUUCUGGGCGCUUCUUCUGGCAGUGACAUCUCGCAUUACAGAUGAAGUCUGUCUGGAGAUCCUCUUGGAGCGAAAGUUCUUCCAUGCUCUAGACGAGUCGAUCAAACUCUGUCUCACCCCCGAGCAGUCUGGGUCAGCCUCCCAAAUAUCUUCGCCCGCAGACCUUGACCCCAAGGAGCGCCCGUCGAAGAAAAGACGGCUAAGUCCUCCAGCACCCAAGGAGCAGACAGGCCCAUCUCACCGGACGAAACUCAUUUGGCCCCUUCUGCAGGCUGCCUGCCGCUGUGUUGGUCUUCUGGCUGUGACGUCCUCACAGAGACAAAGAAGGGUUGCUCCGACAUGGACCGCAUCGUGGAGCGAUCAAGCGUCGUUACUUGGCGGGUUACUCGAUGCUGUUGCAUUCCUGCUAAGAAAUGCUUCCCAAGCAGCGGAGCAAGUGUUGUUAUCCCAACUACUCAGCACCGCGUUAUCCUUUUGGAAAGGUGACAACACAGCCGUCCGAACUCAGACUGACGAUCCAAAUCAAGCGUUUGCCUCUCACUGUCUAGAGCCAGUCUUGGUCAUUCUCGAUUUCCUCCGCAAAGCGCACCUGAAUAACAAAGAACUUGUUUCUUCGAAGACCACAAUGGAAAGAUUGGUCGCAAUGCAUGUUGUAUUCCCGUUCCGCGCGAUCUUCAACGAACGAUAUGCCAAAAAAUGGAGAAAUGUCCAUGACGUCCUAUUGUACGAUCAUUUGGAAAGCAUGCUCAAAGGCUUCAGGGAACGCAUCAUGGUUCUUGGAGACGGUCUGGCACGGACCCCAAAUCGAACUAUUUCAGCUACUCAACGGAAUCUGUCGUGGAUGAUACUUGAUAUUGCUGUGCGCUCGGUUCCGGCUUCUGAUCUACGAAAACGACAACAGGAGCAACCAUGGCUUGAUUCCUUGUUCAUAUGUGUCAUCCAUCUGCUGUGGCCUCAUAUCCCUCAAGUUACUGCUACUGGUGCCGUACACCAGGACGUCUCCAACAACCCAGCCCCUGGUAACCGAGAGAGCUGGGUGGCAGCCCUGGAAAAAUUGGUCGACGUUGCACUAGCGCUGAAAUUAAAGGUUUCAUUGUCUGUUCUAGGAUAUGUCCUCUCGGGCAUGUUCGCAGUGGACGAAGAAACUUGUCCGUGGAUUCUUCUGGCCAAGAUCAUUCGAUUGGAUGUCAACAUAAUAGUGCCCAGCACCGGCUUGUCCAACUCCGGGCAGCUGUUGAAACAACUCUUGCAGAGAAUCGAGUCCAGUACUGUCUCGAUGGAACUGUAUGAGGUCAUCCGGGACGAUAUUGUUCUUGCCUUGUUACGGGCCUUUGCCAGGGCUCGAGCUCUAGACGGGUUUGUCACCAUCUGGCAACAAAACAUGUCAGAAGCAAUACGGGUACGUUACACGUCCAAGGAUGAUCCCGAUACUGUUCCUGCUGUGCUUGUAUGGGACGAUGAGGAUGUAUUUGAUGAAUUCAAAUCCCUGGCCUUAGUGCAUGCGCCACCAACAAUGAGUCAGAGGCUACUGCAGGAGCUUUCCGAGCAGCUGAAGGGCAUUGCUGAAAAGAUUGGAUCUACGGCCGAUGCCUUUGCCAAGCUGGCUGUAGUUUCGGCGCUCUUGGAGCUCUCUGGCACCGAGGAUGCAGGUUUAAACCUCCCUGCCACACAUCUGAGCGACCUGUUCCAAGAAACAAUGAGCGCCUUGCCCCGAAGAUCCGACUACCAAGCUCAACGGUGGCGACUCUGGAAAGCCAUCCGGUUGCUUGUUUCCCUGCUUGACUUGGAGAAGAUUUCUGGCCUCGAGAGCCUGAUGCAGCCAAGCUACAAUUUUAUGUCACUGGACGAACUUGAGGACAGUGGAAAGCAUGACCCGACUCGUAAAAGGGCUGCCAGAUUUCUAGAGUGUCUGGAAUGCUUCACACUGGUUGUUGAGCUGGCUGUUAAACAACCCCAAUUCCAAAAGAAACUGGCAUCCGAGCUCAACCACCUGACGGAGCUGAUGAUGCAGUCUCAAACUUCAGCCAAAUCCUUCGCUCUUUGGAACGGUCGUAGCUUCGACUGCGACAGUCCCUCCAAGCUGGUGGCUGCCUGCAUUGGCCGUCUCCUCCAGCGACCAGAAGCCUUCUCUUCCUGCUCUGAUGCGCUCAAGGACCUCAUCGACAAGUCCUUAGAUCUGAUAUCGAGCCCGGGUCAUUCUAACACCACAUCUGAGGAUGAAAGGAACCUGGCAGCACUCAUGAAAGCUCUUGCAAACGCCGAAGAAGUGAUUAACAAUCCCACUCUGCGAGAAACGGUCCUCCAACAUACUGCACAAUCUUUGGAGUCUGCUGAUGGGAGACUCAGUCAAUCACAAUUACAAGUCAUUCCUUUGGGGGCAAUCAAGAAGCCGCUGCUCAGAAAGCUUGCGGCUGCAACCACAAGCCGCCUGAUGGGCGACCCUCAAAAUUCUACGCUUCAAGCGAUCGCAGAUGACCUGAACCUUGUGAUUCAGUUGGAUUCAGUUUCUUCCCGAACGAGCAUCGAUUGCAAGGAAUGGACAUUAUGGGUUGAGCUCUCCGAGAAGUUGCUCUCACGCAAAGACAUCGCACUGUCGCCGUUUUUGUGGCCUGUAGUCCACAUGCUAACCACAAUUGUGGACAGAAUCUUUGUUCAAGCCUCAGCUGCCCAAAAGUCUGCCGUCCUAUCAGACAUCUUUACCUGGACUAAGAAGGCGAUUGAGGCAGCUCAAGAUUCAGAACUUCAUCAUUCGGACUUCUUGGCCCUUCAGGUCUUUUUUGGCCACUUCUGUCAGGGAGAGGAGAUACUGGACAACAUCGUUACGAGGCAAAAAUUGGGAAAGGUUCAAAAAGGUUACUUACGGUUGUUGAAAGAUCGUCUCGACAGAGCUAUCCGCGGACUGGAAGACGAAAAGACAUUAUUCGAGCUGAAGCUCACGUUGGAUGCCGCACACCGCAUUGGCGAUCUCGCCAGAGACGAGCAAAUUCGACAAGAAGUCGCCGGCGUACAAAGAAUGCUUCAGACGGCAACAACCUCUCUUGGAGCGAAGGACGAAUGGCGAAUGAGACUAUCGGCUCAACGCGAGUGCUGGGAACUCGUGCCACUUCCAGACAGCAAGCCUGACGAGAAGCAAUUGGAAAUGAGUAUUCAGAAACUGGCGGCUUCUUUCGAUGGGGUGGUCUGGACCAAUGCGGAUGUCUCCCUCCUCCUGUUAGAUGCUGAUAUUGUGGUACGCCAGGGUGGCCCGGCGGCCUGGACUCACAUCUUCGACUUCCUCCACAAGCAGGACAAGCAUCCCGGGUUCCAGCUUGUGCGCCCGGUUGUUAUUGCAUCUAUCAUCUUACAUACUACAACCCAAGAUAUCCUCCAGCAUCCAGACCUGGCGGAGACACUGGCGGGCAUCGCUUGCUUGCAGAAUCUGAGCUUGGCAUCGACGCUGGAAGAAUUGGUUCUCACGCUUGAAAAUGCCCGCACGGUCUUGGACACACAUCCACUCGUUGUAAACCAAGCAACGCUGGACAGGCUACUCGCCUCGCUAUGCACCGUCGCCUCCGCCAUUUCAGACGAGCACAUUUCAAUAUCCAGCCCAGACACGAACACUGGCCCACACGCUGCCGACAUCUAUGACCGGCUCUGUGCGAUCGUCGGGUCCGUUCUUGCAAGACACAGACGACGUGUCUCUGACCGCUAUCACCUAAUACUUCCGGUCCUGCAGACUCUUCUACGAUGUCUUUUCUGGCCUGGUUCCCGAGGCCUGCACGAUACGAACGGGACGACAAUCGCCAUCGGUCUCGGCUCCUUUGGCCAGAUUCUACCAAAAUGGAUGCGCGAAUCGCCCGAGUCUCUGCCGCCGUCCUCUGCGGAGAAGUUCUCCCGUCUCUUGUCGUCGAUAUGCAACCCCACCGUGUCUGCGGCACGUUCGUCCAAGAGGAGGGGCCACAACGAACUGAACGACGAGACUAAGCGCGCGAAACUGCUCGCCGGUCAACACAUGCAGUACCUGGUGAUGGAGUAUGCUCGAUGUACACUUGACGGCCAGAUUUCUUCGUUGGUCAAGGAGCGGCUGAUGCCCGGCAUGUAUAGUGUCAUGUCGGCCAUGGAGAGGGAUCUGCUGAGGGCGUUAAAUGCCGGAAUGGAUCCCAGCAGCCGAGCUAUCUUCAAGACGCUGUACGAUGAUUGGAGUCGCUAUGGGAAGUGGGAUAAGAGCUAG